AAAUAAUCUAUCAAAAUCUUGUAAAAUCUAAAUUAAAUACACCUUAGUUUUUUCCACAAUUUAUCCUAUUUUAACAAAUUUCCUAUUCCCUACAUUAAUGCUUGUAGUUGCAGACGGCAGCCUACAGGCUACACCGUACAUUUCGUUGCCAAGUUUCCCUAUAUCUCUCCUUCAACGGGGUGUGCUUAACAUGGCGGGUGCAUCUGCAUCUGCUAAUUUUCUGUCCUACUUCGGUCUGCGCUGCGAAGCCCGACCACCUGAUCGAAGCAGGGGUAACCCUAAAAGACGGUUAACCAACAUCCAUAGAAGAAAAUCCAACCACCCCAAGCUCAAGUCCGGUGAAUUCACGCCUCCAACAUCGUUCUCCACCACUUCUGGUGACACAGCUACUACCUACACUCGACUGCCUCCCAAAGAAGACUUCUGUGCGACGACUCUCCAUGAUUCACAAGAAAUUAAGUUAUUCGAGCUCAACAUUCCAUUGCAAGAGAAGGAGUUCCAAUCCGAGAUGGAUUUAGAUGAUACUGAACUCUCAGAAAUUGAUGAAACCGAGGAGAAUUUAAAAUUUGAUUAUGGAAAAUUUGAAUUGUAUGAGGUUAAUUCUGAAAACGAUUUUGAUGAAAAGGAGGACAAGGAUGAUCCAGAUGACCGGGAGUUACAUUUUGGGGGUGAUGUGUUUGAAGGGGAGGGGGUUGAAUUGAUGGAAAAGGAAAAAGGAGUGCCGGCCGUGAUGAGGUGUUUUGAUAGGGCGAAGAUAUAUGUGAAAGCUGGGAAUGGAGGGAAUGGGAUAGUGGCAUUUCGGAGAGAGAAGUAUGUGCCAUUGGGAGGGCCGGCAGGAGGGGAUGGAGGGAGGGGAGGGAAUGUGUAUGUGGAGGUAGAUUGUUCAAUGAAUUCACUACUGCCUUUUAGGCAGAGUGUACAUUUUAGAGCUGGUAGGGGAGGCCAUGGCCAGGGAAAAAAGCAAUGUGGUGCCAAAGGUGAGGAUGUUGUGGUGAAGGUGCCGCCAGGGACGGUUGUUAGGGAGGCCGGUAGUGGUGGAGAGCAAGGAGCUGUGCUUCUUGAGUUGUUGAAUCCAGGUCAGAGAGCACUGUUACUCCUCGGUGGGAGAGGUGGGAGGGGGAAUGCAUCUUUUAAAUCAGGGAUGAAUAAGGUUCCCAAGAUCGCAGAGAAUGGAGAAGAAGGUCAAGAGAUGUGGUUAGAGUUGGAGCUUAAGUUAGUCGCGGAUGUUGGAAUUAUUGGAGCUCCAAAUGCAGGGAAAAGUACCUUUCUCAGCGUCAUUAGUGCCGCUCAGCCGACUAUUGCAAAUUACCCGUUCACCACUUUGCUCCCGAAUUUAGGAGUGGUCUCAUUUGAUUAUGAUUCUACAAUGGUUGUUGCUGAUUUACCUGGUUUACUUGAAGGGGCACAUCGAGGUUUUGGUUUGGGUCAUGAAUUUCUUAGGCACUCUGAAAGAUGUUCUGUUCUGGUGCAUGUUGUUGAUGGGUCAUCUCAGCAACCAGUAUAUGAGUUCGAUGCAGUGCGCCUUGAGUUGGAAAUGUUUAGCCCUGAACUUGUUCAGAAGCAUUAUAUAGUCGUGUACAACAAAAUGGAUCUUCCAGAAGCAUCUGAAAAUUGGCUAUCCUUUAGGGAUAGCCUACAAAGCCGCGGCAUUGAACCAUUAUCCAUGAGUGCAGUGAAGAAAGAGGGUACACAUGAAGUGAUAUGUGCUGCAUAUGAGCUGGUUCGUAGGAGGAAAUGUGCUGAUAAAGAUUAUGCAGUAGGCCCUGAGAAUUUGAACUAUUUCGCUCAUACAUUACAAAGGGAGAGAAAUUCCCCAAUAAGUGAAUUCCAGAUAUCAUGUGAUGCUUCCGGUACAUGGUAUGUUGUAGGAUCAGGCCUGGAGCGUUUUGUUCAAAUGACAAACUGGAGAUAUAUUGACUCCGAGAGAAGAUUUCAACAUGUUCUAGAGGCAUGUGGUGUGAAUAAAGCUCUCAUGAAACUUGACGUAAAGGAGGGUGACACUGUCAUUAUCGGGGACAUGGAGAUGGUGUGGCAUGAUGGCCCAAGCAGCUCAGGUCCUACAAGGAAGAAGUGGCCUAGCGAAAUUAUUCAAUGAUUAUCUUGGAUAUCAUUUCCUAACCGAUUCUGGUUGAAGUUGUUCAGUUCCAACUUGUCACCGUUACUCUUGAACAUACUCGUAUGUGGCUAAAUAAAAGCUUUAUGAGAAGUUUCUCAGCGAGUUCUCUGUUCCU